ACUCCCAAAGCACACAACCAGAGACACUUCAGCGCAUAGCCAAACACUUCACACGCUAGCAAGCUAAGCAUCCUCCUAGCUCAUUCUCACUCCGUUCCAAGCUCGAUCUAGAAGUACAGAAGAGCGGCGAUGGCGGAGAGGGUGUCGAGGCUGUCAACGGAGAAGGCGGUGGUGAUCUUCACGACGAGCCAGUGCCCGAUGUGCCACACGGUGUCGAGCCUCUUCUCCGAGCUCGGCGUGUGCGCGGCGGUGCACGAGCUCGACAAGGACCCCCGCGGCCGCGAGAUGGAGCGGGAGCUAGCACGCCGCCUUGGUCGUGUGCCGCCUGUCCCCGCCGUCUUCAUCGGCGGCAAGCUCGUCGGCUCCACUGACAGGGUUAUGUCUCUUCACCUCGCCGGCAAUCUUGUGCCCAUGCUCAAAGGCGCCGGCGCCAUAUGGCUCUGAAUCCAUCCACCCAUCGGCGCAGCGACUAUAUAUUUAAUCACUCACAACCCUGAUUUUGCUGGGUUUAUAUAUAAAUUUGCACCUUUUGCACGGAUGCAAAUUAAUCAAACUGAAGGGUGCAUCCAACAAGAAUAUUCGAAAAGUUUUGUUUUGCGGCUAGAGUAACCUCGCAGAUGAAAAGAGUGAGCGAGGAAUGUGUAGCGCUUGUCAUUGAAUGUAAAUGGACAUGUAAUCCUGUCUUUUCCAGUAUUUCAAUGGGAUAUGAAUUUUGAUAUUUUAUUUC